CUCCAAUCCAGAGACGCCGACCGUCUUCGCCUUUUGAAAAUCCGCUUCUCUCCCCGUCGCAUCUUUUUUUUCCCGCCGCCCUCAUCCUUCGGAUUCCAACAUCCAUUCAACAAUCCUUUCCGUUGGUCGCUUGACGUUCUUUGUUGCGCGCUUGUUUUUUCCCGUCCACCAGCAUUUACACCGCUUGUCUUGCGUGACGUGCGUUGUCAUCAACAUCAUCACCCAGUAUCACCAAGCACAUCGCCGCAAAUCACAGCCAAAUCGCAACCACCAUGGCGGCCCCUCAGCAACCCGAUAUCAAUUCGAUAUUGCAGCUUCUAAAUGCCACUCAGCGUCCUGCUUCCUCGACCCCUACCCAGAGCCAACCUGGCCUCCCAGCUCCGGCCCAGCCUCCUAUGCCGCCGGCUGCCUACGCGCAUCCUCCCCAGCAACCUCCUGCCUACCCUCUUCAACAGCCCCCAUACCAGCAGGCUCCCGGAUACUACCCUCCGCCUGCCGCGAGCGGAGGCAUCGACCUGAGCGCGGUGCGCCCCGUGAACUCUGGCACCGUUGACAUCCAGGAUGCCGUAGCCAAGGCCAGGGCUAUGGCCGCUGAGAACGGUCUCGUCCCCUACGAACAAUCUUCCAGACCCUACCCUCCUCACGACUCGCGCCCCCACGAUUCCCGGGCUCCCGACAACCGCCCCUACCAGCGCGCCCGCUCCAGGAGCCCCCGCGGCCGCGAAUCCUACCGCGACAACGUCAACCCUUACCGCGACGAGAGAAGAGGCGGCGAUCACGGCCACCACGGUGGUCAGUCGCGCGACUAUGGACGUGAACGCUCCUUCUCCCCUGGCCGCGGACGUCAAGGCUUUUCGCCCCGUGGAGGCCAUGGUGGUGGUCGCGAUCGCUCACCGCUUAGGGGCAAGGAGGGAGACACCGAGACCAUUCAGAUUGAAUCUAGCCUGGUUGGCCUCAUCAUCGGCCGUCAGGGCGAGAACCUUCGUCGCGUCGAAGGCGAGAGUCGCUGCAGGGUUCAGUUCGUGCCGCCGUCGAGCCCCACCGAACAGUACCGUCCGUGCAAGAUUACCGGUCCCCGUGCGCAGCGUGAGGAGGCCAAGGAGAUGAUCAACCGCAUCAUUCGCGACAGUGGAAUGAGGGGAAGCGCCCCGGCUGACAGGCCUGCGCCCCGCGACUCCGGCCGUGGUGGCUCUGCCGCCCCGCCUCCUCUCAAAGAGGGUGAGGAUAGUCUUCAGAUUAUGGUUCCUGACAGGACUGUCGGUCUUAUCAUUGGUCGCGGUGGAGAGACCAUUCGCGACUUGCAGGAGCGCAGCGGCUGCCACAUCAACAUCGUCGGAGAAAACAAGAGCGUCAACGGUCUUCGUCCAGUGAACCUUAUUGGUACCCCCGCCGCAGCCAAGACUGCCAAGGAGUUGAUUCUGGAAAUCGUCGACAGCGAUAGCCGCAACGCUAGCAACCCUGGUGGUAACCGUCCUCCCCGUGGCGACAACAUGGGUGGUGGUGGCGGCGGUGGUGGUUACGACAAGCAGAACGAUUCGAUCUUUGUCCCUUCUGAGGCCGUUGGUAUGAUCAUUGGCAAGGGCGGCGAGACAAUCCGCGAGAUGCAGAACACCACGGGCUGCAAGAUCAACGUUUCCCAGUCGUCCGGCGCUGGUGAGACUGAGCGCGAGAUUGGCUUGGUCGGCACCCGCGAGGCCAUUAACCGUGCUAAGCGUGCCAUCGAAGACAAGGUCGACGCGGCUAAGCAAAAGAGCUCGGGCGGUGCCCCUCCUCGUCGCGGCCAGCAUCGCGAUUAUGAUAACCCCAACUAUGGUCAGCCUUCUAACAACAACAGUGUUCCCCAACAAAGCUUGCCCGCAGGUAACGCCGCGGCUCCUGCUGGAGCCGGUGCGCAAGGUGAUCCCUAUGCCAUGUACGGCGGUUAUGACAACUAUGUUGCUUUGUGGUGGCAGUCCCAACUUGCCGCUGCUCAAGGUCAAGGUGCUGCCGGCCAGGCCCCUGGCACGUCGUAAACCUCGCCAUGCUGAUGCCGGACUUAUGAUGCGCAUGCCAUGCCAUGAUUCUCGCCCAUGUCUCUCCUGGCACGUUUUGACAUUGCCGCUACUGCUGCUUGCUGCUGCUUGUCUCGUUGACCAUGCUGCACGUUGAUGUCUCGAUCAUGACGACCAUCAUAUUCCAUGCUAUAGGGCAUGGACAAGUGAGAAGCGCUUACAAUUUUUUUCGGCAUCUCAGCGUAUAACUGGAAGAAGACGAACUCCAGUUGUGUUCAAUGAUUGUACGAUUACGACUUUAUCUCGGGUGGCCAACUUUCCAAGGCACAUUUUCACGACAUUGAUAUGGUUCUCUUAUAAGCGCGUGGCAACCGCUUCGGCCCGGUUUAUACCGAUGAUAUCUAUCAUGGGCCUUUCUCUUCAUGGUUCGGGUUGCUCCAUAUAUCUGCGAUCUAGCAUGCACCUCUGUCUGAUGCACAAAGCUGGCUACCUGCUGAAGAACCCCAUCCCAAGCGAUCGAAUGCAGAUGUGUCCUGCAGUGGUUGGCUCACUGCAAGACCAUCAGUCCAAAUGGUUGGGUAACCUCUUGAUGCGAUCUACCAAUAGGCUUGACUGUUGCAUCCACACUCGCCGCCAAGCUGCUUGAUAUGAGACCCGAAGCAAAGAACGGACUGCAGACUUUUGUUGUCCUUGGAUACAAGGAGACCUCGUUGGGAUUUUUGCAUGCUUGCUAUGAGCCCUGCCGUCCAUGUCUUUGUGAUCAUGAUGAGAAUCAUGCUUAUGGAGAGGAUCUCUACCCAGCAGAUGCACAUGGUCUGAGGUAGACAACCCAAGCCAUCAACGACAUGUCGUCACAUGUCGUCGUUCUUUUCUUCUAUCUCUUUUUUUUUUUUAUCUUCGAGCUUUUUUGUGCCUCAUUUGCAUACGUUUUACAUGAGAACUAAAACCUCCAUCACUUUUGCACAGAGGAGCAAAAAUGAUGGAUUAUCUCAAGUUUGGCUUUGGAUCAGCGCAGUGGAUGCUUACUAAAAAAAAAAAGGGUGGUGGUAGUCGUCAUUGACAAAUGGAUGGAUGGAAGGGUGGAUGGAAAGAUGGGACAAUGACGGACCGCCGCCCGUUUGACAGGACAUGCACAUAUGUAUACUAGAGGAUCAAAGAGGGAACCCGCAAGGCGUUACGUAGCAGAACAAAGGUUUUUUUCGUUCACCUCAUGCCCGC